CAACUCUUUUAAGGAGACUAAAAUAUUAUUUUUUCAUGUAGAAAUCGCAAAUCAAAAAAGUUUCUUGUUUCUUUUUCGCAGAGUUUUAGGCAUAAUCUUGCCAUGCUUUUAAGAAGUUUUGCUUUAGUCAUUGACUAACUAUACAUUAAUAAGGUACAUACAACUGCUGAAGGACCACGAUGGAUCAGUCACACAGAGAUAUCUUGAAGAAGAACAGGACAUUUAUAAUAGACAGCAUAGCUAACCCGAUAGAGGUGGCAGAGAGGUUGUUUGAGCAAGAAAUUUUUUCAGAAGGCAUGAGGCAAGAAAUUGAGGCUCAAAAGACACCAAAUGACAAAGUUCGGAAAAUUAUCAACACUCUUCCAAAAAGAGGUCCAAGAGCCUUUGGAAUAUUUCUUGAAGUGUUGCACGCUACAGAUAAUACUGACCUAGCAGCAAGACUCAGCGGAUCUGGGAUGGGGGAUGGGCAUAGCCGGGGUGUGGCCAUUCCUCAGGAGGAUGUUGCCUUGCCAACAGAAUGGCCAAGCGAGGCGCACAUGACAGCAGCAAUCGAAGUAAAACCGUGUAAUGUUUAUGGAGACCAAGUACGAACACAGUGGAGAAACCCUAAUGUGUACAACAUGAAAAAGCGGAUCAGAGGAAGAUGCUUUAUUAUAUCGAACAUGUUUUUUGCUAUGGAACUUGAUGAGAAAGGUGUGGCAAGGAGUAAACUGGCGACUCGUUACGGCACAGAAAAGGAUGUAGACGACCUUAAAAAGCUGUUUCAACAACUACACUUUCAAGUUGAUGUUAAGACAGAUCUUAAGAGGGAUGAAAUGUCCACUGCUUUAUUUCAAGAAUCAUCUAAAAUGUCCCUACGAGAUAUGGAGUGUUACGUAUGUGUGAUAUGCAGCCAUGGGACGCGGGAGGGGAUAUAUGGGACAGACGGAGGAGUCAUCACACUGGAAGAAGUAACAUCGUACUUUGAUGGUCAACAUUGUCCGUAUCUCAUGCAGAAACCAAAGUUGUUCUUUAUACAAGCUUGUCAAGGAGACCAAGUGGACCGCACAUCUGACCAAACGAGGGACUUAGGCCUGGAUCUCUCAACUCUCUCCAGACAGUUUAAGAAGAGUGUGAGCCUCAAAAAUGGAUGUCAACCAGAUGCAGGCCCCAAGCCACCCCGACCACAGGUUGUUGUGGAGCCGACUGACAGAACUGAUGCGGUGAUGGGCAAUACUGAGGAACGAUGUGUACCCUCAAAACAGGACAUGUUGGUGGCAUGUGCCACUCAUCCUGAUUUUGUUUCCUUCCGGAAUGAGCAUUUUGGGUCAUGGUUUAUUCAGGCUGUGAUCUAUGUGUUCCAAAAGUUUGCUGCAACAGAAUCUAUCCUCGAUCUACUGACACUGGUCAAUCGGCUUGUAGCUAUAGGGCGGACAUCGACAGAUCGAGGACACCUAGCCCCCCGGGACGCCACACAGUGUGCCAGAUUUGAGUCCUCACUCACAAAAAAACUGCUAUUCUUUCCUGGUGUGGUAGAUGACAGUUGAGGAGUGAAGGAGCAAUAGUGAUUGAUAUUUAAAAUAUGUGUCUUUUAAUAUUUGGUUAAAAGGUGGAUAACAGUUAUUCCAACUUGGGCUUUAAUUAAAAGUACAACGUUAAGUUAUUGUCAUUGUUGAACAGUUUACAGUUGACUAGAAGACCUGAGAAGACUUGUUAUAAAUGCUGUAGUUUCAAUGUAAUUACUCACUUAUAAUCAUUAAUGCAAUUAUGAUUUUUCAGUUUGAAUAAGAAGUUUAUUGUUGAAAAAGCAUAGAUCAAUUCACAUAUAACUGACCUAAUGAAAUGUUAUUCUUUAACAUACCCGGAACUACAUUGUUAUUCACAAAUAUGACAGUUCCAGAGAACGUUAUCAAGAUGACAGUUCCAGAGAACAUUAUCAAUAUGACAUUUCCAGAGAACGUUAUCAAGAUUAAAUCUCUGUGAAUGAAUUUAACAAUACAAGUAUGAUUCAAAUAGUUUAACACCUGCGCAACAUGACGGAGGUGUGUCAGUUAAACCAUCUCCAAAUCUUACAUGUAACAACUUAAUACAUGUUCUUUCGAGGAUUUCUACAGACUGAUAAUUUGCCAGUCUGGACCGUUUUUGACUUUGCCGGACGGAUUUCAGUAACAGAAAAGUGCUAAAUAAUAUGUACAAAAAUUGCACCUUUUUUAAAUUUCGGUCCAAAACAGCUUAUCAGUAAAUAAUUUAGAAAUUCUAAUACACAGGGUUUGUCUUACCCAUUCCCCAAAUACCAGGGGACAUCCUUUAGGGUUAUAUCGUCUCUUUUAAUUGACUUUGCUGUUUUUAUAACAUCAAAGGGAUUCCUAUCCAUCAAGUUAUGACAAGCAUCAGUGAAACUUACAUUAGCUAUAACUGUAUGUGGUGUGUAUUACACAUAGGUAAAAUAAUUGUUCUAGGUUUAAACAUCACAAGCAUAAUUUUACUAACAAAAAAACUUACAUAUGUGUUUGUAAAGCCCAUGUAUUUUAACCAUUAUAAACUUUGCAUGAUUUAAUCAGUACUUGGGUCUUUAGCUAGAGUUAAGGCAGGGUGCAGAGCCCUGUCAUUUUUUGGUAGCAAGCUUUUUGGUAUAGUCCACCCCAAGUCUGUCAGAUAAUUCUGUUGCUUUGAUUUUAACUUAUAAUAUGCUUGUAUAAUACAAACUUAUUUCGCAGUUCUAAUCCCUGAUAUUACUUCAAUUUAACACAACCUCAAACAUUUUCUGUCAAAUUCAUAAUUCAGGUUCUUCCUAGCCAGAUUCAGUAUGCCCCAUAUUCCUCUUAUGCAGCACCCGGCCCUUUAAAACCUAGCUAAACACCUAGUACUUAAUAUAACUUAUGAACUCACUCAGUAACUUUGUGUCAUAUCGCUCAAUAGCACGUAUUUAACUGUCCUCAUUUCUUGUUUGUUGUCAGACUAUUGUUAAUUUGUUGCAUUAUAUUGUAAGAACAACAAUAUCUCUUAAAUAUAUUGGGUAUUAUUUUCAUAUACUGUUGUUCUUUCAAACAGCCGGCAGCAAAUUAUUGUUCGACUUAUUUUAUUUUUAGUUUAUACAUCAGAUGUACACUAUUCACCAAAAACUCUUUGAAGCAUGAGAUAAUAAUUUGAUUUACCUAUAAUAUAACAUCAUAAGAACAAGUUGAAAAAAAAGAAAAUAUCAUUUUCACUUUAAGAAUUUAAAUGGCAAAAUGCUUUAAAGUAAACCUGUUUUACUGUAAGUUGAACUCAUUCUGUAUUAAUUGUUGUACAAGUAUAAUUGGACAUUUGGACUGUACCAUGUACUUACACUCAUCUUCUUGCCUCAUAUCAUAAAUUACUUCUCUUGAAGAUGCACUCUUACUCUCAAUUAAGAUUUACCAUAUAAUUGUUUUAAUAUAUCAAAAGGGAUGAAUAAAUGUCGAAAAUAGUUCUUAUGAAGGAUACUGAUUUAAUUUGAAAGAAAGUUGCAGAAAACUCAGGAUUUCUUCCCUAUGAAUCAAUAGUAGAUCACAGUUAAUCUUUUAACACUCACCAAUCAUUUAACAUUUUUGCGUUUUCAGCUAUUAAAUACACAGUUGUUACAAUCUUGUUAUGAGAAAUUAAUAUUUUCCAUAAAUGCAUUGUUUAGUAAGCAGUUAAAGGUUUAUCAAUCAAAAUUUAUGUUUGUUAUACAUGCGUAUGUAAUGCAUUUGAAUAAGAGUGUAACUUUAACAUUAUGUUUUGUCUACAUGUCAAAGACUUGUUGUGAUUGUUUCAAUAAGAAUCUUUUACACUAUAUGAACAUGGCUUAUUAGUAUCCUUAAAGAUGAUGUAAUUGUCAGGGUCAUCUGAAAAUUUCAACCAUGGAUACAAACCAUUGAAGAUAUUUAACUGAGACAUCUUGCCAGAGACAUUAUUAACAUGUUUAUAAAGGCUUAUAAACCUAGCUUUAAUUAUCGUCUAGUUUUGUCUCUUGUU